UAACGUAAACUUGCUAAUGACAAUAUUAUUAGCAUCUUUGCAGUUGUCUCGUGUCUAUUUAGCCGAUUCGAAAAUAAGAUACCUUGCAAAUUGUUUGGUGUUAAGUAGUUUUAGUAAAGAUUGAUUAGGUCACAAUGAAGCCCAGCCGAGGAUCUAAGCGGGCCUCAACGAGAGGACCCGUAGCAGGAAGCAGGAAGCAGGGUCCGAAGAGAUCUGCACAGGAUGGGGGGCCCAGCAAAAAGAAGAGCGAAACCCAGAAGCAACCUCGGAAGAAGCGGGUGGGAAAUGAUGCUGCUAGAAAGGUCAAAGGUCAGGAAAAGUGGACACUGCUGCCCAAGAUCUCCAUUACAGCUCUGAAGAACAUUCUAGAUUUGUCUAUACUGCCUGUUCUUACCAUGAGACGAAAGGAUAAAGAUGAGUCUCAGAGACACCUUAACCAAUUGAAGGACAGAUUUCUGGCCAGCUGUGCGCAGCUCAAAGUGCCCCCCCGCCCCCGGAAACAAGGCGACAUGCUCCAGGUUUCCCGCCUUUACCUGGCAGAGAGGAAGAAGAAGGCCGUGGGCCAAAGAUCCCUGAAAGCACUUGAGGAUGAGGUGAGUGCAGUGGUUGGGGCUCUGGAGGAGAUUGAGGUGAAGAUGGAUAGUUUGGAGCAGGAGACCAGGACAUUGAGAGGCAAGCUGGAGGAUGAAGAGGAAAGGGCCCAGGAGAUCCUGCAGCUGUCAGAGCAAGGAGUCCUGAACUUGCCUGCCCUGCCCCCACAGGUGACAAGAGAGCUCCCCCUGCAGGAGCGGAUGCUGAAAGACCCCGAGGUUGCUGCCCGGCUGGCGACCGCGCUGCACAGCUCUGCGGAGCUGCGGGACAUGAAGGCCUUCCUGGAGCUGGCGCACGGACAGGCCGACCAGCUUCUGCUCAAAACCCAGGGAGCAUCGCCUUCUGCGGAGGACUCCAGCAUCGGAACAUAAGAGUGUUACAGUGGCUAACGUCUUCUUGUAGGCAAACAUAGAAGUUUCUCCCAGCUUGGGUUCCCUCGGCAGUUUACCAAUGCUUUUUUCCCACAAGGAUUUGGAUGUCUGCUAAAAAUAAGGUCUAAGGCUAACAUAAGCUUAAGAGUUAUACAUUUUGAUUCAUGACAUAAAUUACACCCGUUAAUAUCUCUAUCAUAAAUUUCAAUGUAGCAACUUUUUAGCAACUAAACUUUUUAAAGUACAGAAUAGCUGUGAACAAAAUGUGAAACUCUUAGGAUUAUGUUAACUAAAAAAGCAUUGGAAAUCUACCGAGGGAACCCAUGCCUCAAAAAUGCAACAGCACUUUCUGGAUUUUUUAGGAUUACAAACUAACAUUCUAUACAGGGUGGUGACUAGCCGCCAGAGAAGGAACAGCUCUCUGUUAACUACUGUUCCAACCCUGGACUCUCACAUGCCACCCUUCCAAAGCCACACCCCCUCUCGUUAUGACAUCACAAAGGCUGUCCUGCCCUGCACCAAAGGACACUGACCCUGGCAGUGUCUGUACUGUACUGUUACUCCCAUCUCACUCUACAGCAGUUACUGCAUCUGUCUCUUAUUUUUCAUGGUUCCAUGAUUCAUGUAUAAAAAUCUUAGCCUGCUCAUAGAAUGCGCUAGGACUAUGUGUCAGUACAGCUUGUUUGUAUUGCAGUUUUCAUUCAGUUUAAAGAUACAAAGCUAGAGAUCAAUUUUUUUAAUUUUCUGAACAAAUCAAAAGUUUUUUGAGAUUUGGAGACAAAUCAGAAAGCCUGAACAAAUGGGUUAGGCGGUACAUUUCUCAUUUUAUUUUUCCCUGCUUAAGGUUCAGGUGACGUCAACAUUGGUAUCUAAGAAUAAAAGGACAUGGUACCAUGUCUCUUUGUUAACUCUCACUAAAUUACAGCCGAGAGCAUGUAUAUAUCCUCUUAUGAAUUGUUCUGUUGAUUUGACUAUUUGCAAGUUGUCUUUUUGUGUAAUCUACAUCACCAUCAUGUGUACAUAUAUUAAAAUAAACAUCUAAACAUU